AUGGCGUCAGACCAUGAUGCCUUCGCAGACUGGCUGAAAACGCUGAACCCCACCGAGCUUGAAAAGCUCAAAGCCUUGCAUUCAGCCUCAGCGCAGACAGCAGCGGACACAGCCGUGCAGGAUGACACUCGGCCUUGCGAUAGUUCUGCCAGCCUUUCCCCACGUAGCGCCGUUAUCUACCAGAACCAGGAAGCCUUCUAUCAUGCCCAAGAGGGCUGCUACACUGGCCCUAUUCCAGCCUGUUUUGACUACAUCCCUCCCCAGGACGUGGAGGAUCUGGACGAUGCCGCGACGGCACAGCCUUCACAGCCAGAGACGUCCCAGCCUUCCCAGCAUGCGGAGCCUACACCGCCAACUGAAGCUGCAGCCGUUACCGAACAGCCGAUUGAGGAGGCUGGGGAGUACCUCCCCAUGGAGACGCCUUCCUCCUCCUCAGCCUUUCACGCAGCCCCGCAAGCCGGCCUCUAUUCCAUGAUGGGGCAGCUGAUAGAUAUGGCCUCGCUGAUCAAACGGCCGGACUUGGGCGUGGCUCGGGAGUCCGGAGCCUACUUGACAGCCGAUGCGUUCGCGGUGAGCGCCCCAGCCAAUUUCUUCCCUAACUUCCCCAACGCCCCUCUCAGCCAGCCUGACACCACUCCCAUGCCGCACGCCAAAGCCGAUCCCCCGCCAAUCAAAGCCGUGCCGGCGGGUGCCCCAAAAUUGGAGGCCACCGGCCCAGCAGACCUUUCUGCCGGUGCAGUCCUCCCCGCCUCCCAAGCCCGAGCCCGCAGCGACUCCGACAGAGGACCCGCCAGCCUCUACGCAGGCCCUUACCGCCCUCCCAAGCCUUUCGGCCUGGCGGUCAUUUGGGACGCCCGGAGCUGGAUCAACUUCUACGGAGGGGAGCCACCGAAGUCGGCCGUCGAGAUCGACGUCGAGACGUACUUUUACACAGCUGAUCCGGAAGCCGACACCUCCGAUGAGCCUUCGGACCUGCCGCCGUGCCCGCCUUUGCCCGAAUGGUACUCAGCCGAUACGGGAGUCCUCCGUUACUGGCACCUCGGAGCCACGGGGACGGGCAAUCCCAGGAACAUGGGAAAGCAAGGAGUCCCUCCCCUAUGCCUUCAGGAUAUCAGCCGCCCUCCUGAGCCUUUGGUGGACCGCCGCAAGCAUAUCACCGUGGAGCCUCCGAAGUCGCCCUACCUGUACAAGCCGCCAGCCAUGGCCUUGCCGAGACUGCCUUGCCCGAACAUGCGCAAUUGCAUUAUUGUGCCCAGCCUUACAUUGCCCCAGACCUUCGAGCUCGACCCAGCCUUUGCCCGUAUGUACUAUAUGGGCAGCCGUGGAGAAAUGCGUUGCGGCCUUCCCUGCUCGACAGUGCCUUUCUGUCCUUUCCAUUCAGCCUGUGGCCGUGAACUCAACUCUGGCGCGGUUGAGCAAAUGGACAAGCAUAUCGGCCAUCAAUGUUCGCGCUUUAAAGAAUUUACAGACCUUGGCCGUAGCCCAUUUGAAUGGUUUUCAGCCGUGCCUCCGCAAGCUCAGGCAUUCGGCAAGCCCUAG